UAACAAAAAUCAAAAAUAUAAUUCAUGUAAACUUUUAAAAUAAUUGUUAUCUUCUAGAAAAUUCGAAUAAUUUCUUUAAAAUUUAAGCAUCCGCUUAGGCUUAUUUUUAAUUUUUUAAAGUAAUCAAGUGUUUAUAACCCAGCUUUUACAUGUGGAUAUAACGACAAUAUAAUCAUGUCUGGUAACGAAGCGGAUACUGAAAAUGAAGCCACCUUUUUCGUGGAUCGUGCUCCUCAGGGACGUGCAGCUUGUAGAAAAUGUAAAGAAAAAAUUGCCAAACAAGAAUUACGGUUAGCAAAAUUGGCACCAAACAUGUUUAGUGAUGGAGGUGAUAAAAUGAAACAAUGGCAUCAUGUUGAUUGUAUGUUCGAAGUAUUAUUAAAACAAAGAUUAACCACUCGACGAAUUGAAGGUCCGCAAGACAUUGGUAAUUGGGAAAACAUAUCUGCAGAUGACCAAAAUCAAAUUUUAACUAAAUUGGACGAAUUUGAAAAAGAUAUGUUGCAAAAACAUGGUGAUAAAUUUACACCACCAAAGAGAUUAUCACCUCAAAAACAGCAAAAACCAAAAACAAUCGUGACACCCACUAGUUCGAAAGCUAAUACUUCAUCAGAUUACAAAGACCAUAAAGAUAAUCAAUUUCGUGAAUUUCGACGUUUAUGUACUGACAUAGCAAAUGUUAGCAGUUAUUUAGAAAAAACAGCCCUAGUCAAAGAAUUAUUUGAAAAAGGCCGUGAUGGAGAUGGUUUUAAAGGUGAUAUCGCACAAUGGUGUCGUUUACUAUUACCAGCUGCACAUAAGCGAGUAUUUAACUUACAAAACAAACAAUUGGUGAAAUUAUUUAGUCGAAUAUUUGGUGCGGAUGUCGAUGAUAUGAUGGAACACUUAGAACAAGGUGAUAUUUCAGAAACGAUUAAAGAAUUCUUUGAACAAAGUCAACGUAUUCAACCAACUAAAAAAAGUGAAUUAACAAUGGAUGAAGUUGAAGAUUUCCUUGAGGAUUUAUCAAAAGAAACGACUGAAGAUCGACAAAUAUUUUUACUUAAAAAAAUUGUAAAAAGAUGUACAGCUAACGAUUUAUUAACAAUUAUACGAUUAAUUAAACAUGAUUUACGAAUGAAUGCGGGUCCAAAGCAUAUAUUAGAAGGUGUACAUCCAGACGCUUAUACAGCAUUUCAAUCUACACACGAUUUAAACGGAGUAAUUGCACGCACUACAACCAAAAAUAUCGGCACGAAAAUAUCAUUAAUGACACCUGUAUUGCCGAUGUUAGCGGAAGCAUGUAAAACGAUUGAACAAGCAAUGAAAAAAUGUCCGAAUGGAAUGUAUUCCGAAAUAAAAUACGAUGGUGAACGAGUUCAAUUACAUAAGCAAGCGUUUCCACAUGGCGAGGAUUUGAUUCUAGAUAGUGAGAUAUUAAUGAUUGAUACGGAGACUGGUAAACCGUUACCCUUUGGAACGUUGGGUGUACACAAACAAAAUGAAAUUGAAAAUGCAAAUGUUUGUUUGUUUGUCUUUGAUUGUAUAUAUUAUAAUGGUGAGGAUUUAUCACAAAGACCGAUUAAGGAGCGAAAGAAAAUACUUAACGAUAAUAUGACUGAAAUAAAAAAUCAUGUUAUGUUCUCGGAAUUAAAAUUCAUUAAUAAACCUGAUGAUUUAGCAGUCAUGAUUGCAUACACUUUACGGCAAGGUUUAGAAGGCUUAGUAUUGAAAGAUUUGAACAGUAUAUAUGAACCAGGCAAACGACAUUGGUUAAAAGUUAAAAAAGAUUAUCUAUUUGAUGGUUCAAUGGCUGAUACUGCGGAUUUAGUUGUUCUUGGGGCAUGGUUUGGUACAGGUAAAAAAGGGGGUAUGAUGUCUGUAUUUCUGAUGGGUUGUUAUGAUCCACGUACAAAAAAAUGGUGUACAGUAACCAAAGUCCAUACAGGACACGAUGAUGCAACAUUAGAACGCUUACAAACUGAAUUGGAACCUAACAUGAUUAAAAUAAGUUGUGAUCCAAAUAAGGUUCCAAAUUGGUUAAAUGUAAAUAAAGUAAUGGUACCGGAUUUUAUUGCAAGAGAUCCGUGUAAGCAACCUGUAUGGGAAAUUACCGGUGCUGAAUUUUCCCAACAAGGUGUACAUACAGCGGAUAAAAUAUCAAUACGAUUUCCUCGUGUUACGAAAAUACGUGAUGAUAAAAAUUGGGAAACUGCAACAUCUUUACCAGAAUUACGGGAAUUAGUUGAAAAAUCUAAACAACAUAUGGAUGAUACGUUGUUUGAAAAAUUACAACAAUAUACAUCAUCGAAAACUUUUGAUAUUUCUAAUAUAGUAACACCGAAUUUCGAUGAUGUUAUUUUAGAAGUAAAUAAUGAUGAAUAUUCGAAAGAGAACUUAAAAGCUUCGAUAAAAAUAAAGUUAGAAGAAAAUGCAAUAAAAAAAGAUGCAAAGAAAAGAAAAUUAAAAAAUUUAUUGGAAUCACCUUCGAAAAUUAUUAAAACCGAAUUUAAACAGGCACCUAGUCAACCAUUUCCAGAUGUCUUUUCGAAUAUCAAACUGUUUGUAUCAAAAAGUUUAUCGAAGAUCGAAAAUAAAAAUACUUUGUUAAGAUAUUUUGUUGCUUAUGGUGGUACAAUCUGUAACAAACCUCAAGAAGCCCAAUAUGUUGUACAUGGUGAAAAUGAAAUUGAUAAAUUAUCUAAAAAAUAUUUACCAAUAAAUACAGCUGUCCACGUUAACACUAAAUGGCUUAUGAAUAGUAUAUUUAAAAAGAAAAUUCAACAGCCUCGUUUAUACAUGGUUACUUUAACAAGCUAAGUUAGUGGCUAUAGCUGUUUGUUUCUAUUAGAAAUUUGCGAUUUGCAGUCUUAACUACACAGCUAACAAGAUUACAACUAAAAUUUCGAGUUAAAAUGAAAAAUGUUUUUAAAAUCGAUCUCUUCCUUAAUUUUGUAUGAAUUUCAUUUACGUUUUUAUGAUAAAUUUGAAAGGUAUACAGGGUGAUUCAUGAUUAUAUCGACAAAUUUCAUAGUAACGAAGCGUUUUUGU